AUGCCGGCAACCGUGCCGCCGGCCGCCGACCAUUCUGAAUUGAAACACCCGGCAGAUAACAUCCUGGACAGUGACCAGGAUGCUGAGGGCGAGGAGACUGAUUUGUAUCAGAUGGACCAACAGCUCCAGGAUGCUGUUCACCGGGCAUAUUCCGGCGAAGUUGCUGCCGAGGCGGGAGCUAGCGAUUUUGACGAGGAUAUGGAUGCUGAGGGAGAAGUAGACCUCGAUGUUAUUCCGAACGGCGAGGUCGAGGAGGCAGAACCAGUUGGUGCUGUGAAGAUUCCAGAAGGGGCCAUUUCACCAAAUAACGAUGACGACGCGGAUGCAGCAGAAGACCCAGAGUUUCAUGGACACAGCGAGAGUGAGCGAGAUGCAUCUAGUUCAUCCGAGUCCGAUGAGGAAUGGGAAGCGGAGAGUAAUGGCCGUGCGGAGGUCGAAGCGGAUAAUAACACGGUGCGUGGGAACUGCAUAUUCUGCAAUCAAGACGAAGAUAAUGAUCCAAGCGAGGAGUUUGAAGAAUAUCUGAGCUGUGCUGUUUGCGGUGAUCAUUCUCAUCGGCAAUGUGCUCGCGAAAAUAGUGCACUUUCGGACGCAGAAGAUGCCAAUCCUUGGAGAUGCCCAACUUGUCUCAGUGAAAACUUGGAGCCCAGCUCUAAGGAUGAUGAUGGCUCGCUGCGGCGCAAAAAUGGCCCUAGAAACAUGAGCAAAGAGCUUUUGCCAGCUCACAGCGGCGAGCAAGACUCAAAUUUUCAUUCUAUCUUUAAUACAGUGAAAGUUGAUGAUGAGCUAUUGAACAGCUCACGGUCGCUCCGGAAGCGCAAAACCCAAUCUGCUGAUGCGGAGGAGCAUACACCAUUUCUCCGAAAGCGACAAAGACAGACGCCGGUGCGAGCCGAACGAGCCGAGCAGGCCGACUCGCAAGAUCAAAUAAAAGAGGACGGAGAUGCCUUGUCACCUGUCCGGACUCGUUCGCGCCGCACACGGAAGGAUGAACAAGAAAACUGUCGCGUGGUGUUGAAACAGUUUAAUAAGCUCGUUGUAGCUUUUCAGCUGCCUGAGACGAAGCUGGCCAAAAUCCUCAAUUCGCGCAGUCGUUCCACCAUCAGAAACCGGAAGGUUCCCAAACCCCCUCCCGCCCAAGAGCCCCAGGCUCACUUCGCACCAAUAACACCCGCUUCUUAUUUCCCUUCUCUCUAUCCCUUCAGUGACCGUGAUCUGGAGGAGUCCUCGAAAUCUAAACCCUACGGGGGGAUUCUCUCUGAGACGGAUGCCGAGACUUCCAAAACAUUACCGACACACCAUGACCGUGAACGCUUCGAAGUUGCUCGGCAAAAGGCCGAAGAAACAUGGCAAAGGCGUCUAUUAGAGGCCGAAACGAGUGGCGAGACCGUACAACAUGCCUCCCAAAAAGUAUCCGGGCCUCCGUCCAGAAUCAAGUAUAUCAAUUUUGGCGGUUUUGAGAUUGAGACUUGGUACGCGGCUCCAUACCCUGAGGAGUACAGUCGCAAUAAAGUGCUAUACAUCUGUGAGUUUUGCUUAAAAUAUAUGAACUCCGACUACGUUGCGUGGCGCCAUAAACUCAAGUGUCCGGCGAAGCAUCCUCCUGGAGACGAGAUUUAUCGUGAAAAGUCCAUCUCGAUCUUCGAAGUUGAUGGGCGGAAAAAUCCCGUUUACUGCCAAAACCUCUGCUUGCUCGCCAAACUAUUCCUGGGCUCCAAAACUCUCUACUAUGAUGUUGAACCCUUCCUGUUCUAUGUCAUGACCGAGUUCGAUGAUCUUGGAUGUCACUUUGUGGGAUACUUCAGCAAAGAAAAACGGCCCAGUUCGGCAAACAAUGUUUCCUGUAUCCUUACUCUACCCAUACACCAGCGAAAGGGAUAUGGGAAUCUCCUCAUCGAUUUCUCUUACCUCCUUACGCGCAUCGAAGGUAAGACGGGCUCCCCGGAAAAGCCUCUUUCGGAUAUGGGCUUGGUGUCUUACCGAAAUUACUGGCGGCUUAUCUUGUCAUACCAUCUACGAGAUCAAAAGUCUCCGGUUAGCAUUGCCGAGCUUUCGGAACGAACGGGCAUGACGGCGGAUGAUGUUGUUUCGGGCCUGGAAGCACUACGCGCUCUAGUACGAGAUCCUGUCACCAGGGCAUACGCUCUGCGUCUCGAUUAUAACUACUUUGAGGACUGUAUUCGUGGCUGGGAAAGCAAAGGCUAUGUCACGCUCAAUCCAGACGCACUUGUCUGGACACCUUACAUAAUGGGCCGGAAUAAUCAAUCUCAAUUUGACCGUGCUCCCAUACACACCGUCGCGCCGCGCGAGGGGCUUGAGGAUGAAGAAGAGGAAGGAAAGGAGCUUAUCGAAGAAGCUUCCAAGCAGCUGGAGGCCUCCAAGCGGAAUAGCCAGCCACUUACUAAUGGAACUGGCAAUGCUGCAGCAGAGGGACCACUGCCUGAACCGGCAGGGCCACCCUCUACAGCUCUUCUGUCUAAUGCUAAUGGGGUUCACCAGCAGGAACCGGCAGAUGUGACAGAAGUCAGCGAACAAGCAGAGCCGGAAGCUUCGAGCGUCCCCGCUUGGCGGUUUGAAAUCUACCCUCCGGUUCAAGCACCGGUCCUCAAGAAGCGUGCUGGCCGCCCCUUCGGGAGCAAAUCAUACCAAAAAGUUUCCAUCACUCCGACUACCACUCGUACCAGCGGCCGCAGCACACCCCGAAAGGUAGCUUCUAUGACAACCAUCACUCCCACUGCGAACGAGUCUAGCGUAAGACGGGGUCGGAGUGCGAAACUAUUUGACUCUCCUUCAAUUGACUCAGCAAGUGUGGCAACCAAUGGCUUAGAGGCCGAUCAGCUCGACCUUUCCACAGAGGCAGGCGCCAACAGUGGCCAAGAGGCUGCUCCGCUUGUGGAUGGCGUGGAGGAUCCAGAAAAUCUGGCGUUAUCCGAGAAUCACCAUGAUGAUGAGCAUGUACCACCAACAACGAACGGAAUGAAUGGGCCGAAAACUGCCGAAGAGCAGCAAGGGCCCGUUACUCCUUCAAAAGGCAAAGACCAUGGGGGUAAAUCGAAGCUUACGCGGUCUGCAAGUCGAAAAUCCGUUGUGGAGAAGAUCGAAAUGCUCAUACCCGCGGAAGAUGAGGUGGUUGACGUCGGCGAUGAUGCCGGCGACAUGCAAGGAAGUGACGCCGAUGCAGAGGGUGAUGUUGUUAUGGAUGAGGCAUGA